AUGUAUGUCAGUUUGAGCAAUCUCAGUUCGUAUCUGCUCCUCACAGCUGUAUUUGCCAUCGCACAGACGUCCACCCCGAACAAUCUCAAGGUCACAACAAGCACAGGGACCUACAUUGGCAUCAUUAAUGGCACGGUCCCAAAUGUCCGUCAGUUUCUGAAUGUGCCGUACGCUCUCCCUCCUGUUGGAUCUCGCCGCUGGGCACCUCCGGAACAGCUUACCUCGAAUGCAUCCGCGAUACUUGAUGCUACUUCUUUCCCUCGUUUCUGUCCGCAGUACCUUUCGGGUGCUCCCAAUGUAUACAAUCAGCUGCUUUCCGGUUAUCUCAUUCCUACAGGGCUUGACACUGCGGCCCCCGCAACCAUGCCUCCGACAACAGGGGAAGACUGUCUGUCCCUGUCGAUCUGGACCCCUACAAGGAAUGUUUCCGGCUUACCAGUGAUCAUUUUUAUGACUGGGGGUGGCUUCAUCAUCGGGGGCAUCAAUAUUCCCUAUCAGCUACCGCAUCAUUGGGUGCAGAGAACCCAGUCUCAUAUUGUUGUGUCGAUCAAUUACCGUCUCGGAAUCAUGGGCUUUCCCAACGCGCGCGGCUUGAAUUCGCAGAAUCUUGGUAUUCUCGACCAACGCAUGGCACACGAAUGGGUCCGAGACAAUAUCCAAGCCUUUGGAGGAGAUCCAUCAAAGAUUACUAUUUGGGGGCAAUCGGCUGGUGCAUCGUCGACCGAUUUUCACGGCUUCGCCUAUUACAACAACUCAAUUGCGAAGGGGCUUGUCAUGGAAUCCGGAACGGCGUUACUAGGGCUAGUGUCGUAUGACUUUGCCCACACAAAUUUCACAUUUGUCGCGUCUCAGUUAGGCUGCGGAGGUCUUAAUGCGACUGCUGAGCUCGACUGCAUGCGUCAAAAACCAGUCGAAACGAUUGUCAACUUUGUGGGUCGUCGCUCAGAUAACGCGACUACGCCAGCCCUUUCAUUCGUCCCGAUUCCUGACGACAAAGUCAUCUUUUCCAACUAUACUGAACGAUACGCUAGAGGUCUGAUAGCUAACGUGCCAGCGAUUGUGGGAACCGCGUCCGACGAAGGAACUGUUCUCGUUCCAUUUACCAACCUUACGGCAGGACCCAACCAAACACUGGCAGAUGAAGCGACACUAGGAUACUUCGUUUGCCCUGCUCACAAUUCUUCAAAAUUGCGGACCGAAGCGGGUUUACUUACAUACCGGUACGAGUUUGCAGGGAACUUCUCCAACCUGUCUCCUCUGCCAUGGCUGGGAGCCUACCACACAGAUGAUCUCCCGCUCUUCUUUGGGUCGUACAACGACUAUGGGAAGGGGACUGAAUUUGAAGCGCGCACAAGCGAAAUCAUGCAGGACUACCUCCUGGCAUUCAUGAAGGAUCCACAUAACGGACCAAAGCAGAAGGGCUGGCAGGACUAUACAAAGGGCCAUGUGUUGCGAUUCGGGGCAGAUAGUGUUGCUGCAAAAAAUGUCACAGUGCAGACAGUGGACGGCGCAUGCUAUGGACAAGGGACUUACGACUCGAGUCCAUAG